AUGACGUCUAUGUACAAUUUUAAACGAAUUACAGUCGUUCCUAACGCAUCGGAACUGAAAGAUGUCGUUUUGUCGAAAACACAGAGAAAAACUCCAACUGUCGUGCAUCGUCAGUAUUCGAUCGGAAGAAUCCGCGCUUUCUAUGCCAGAAAAAUCAAGUUUCUCCAACAAACUCUUCACGAUAAGCUCACUCAAAUCAUCAACGAGUUCCCAAAGAUGGAAGAGAUUCACCCAUUCUAUUCCGAUCUUAUGAACAUUCUCUACGAUCGUGAUCAUUACAAAAUUGCUCUCGGUCAAAUGAACACCGCUCGACAUCUCAUCGAUGGAAUCGCUCGUGAAUACGUUCGUCUUAUGAAGUAUGCCGACUCUCUCUAUCGUUGCAAAAUGCUCAAAAGAGCCGCUUUGGGACGUAUGGUCAAGCUGUUGAAGAGACAAAAAUCCAGUUUUGAGUAUCUCGAACAAGUACGUCAGCACUUGUCUCGUCUUCCAAGUAUCGAUCCAGCCACCCGUACUCUGAUUCUUUGUGGAUUCCCAAAUGUCGGAAAGUCUUCUUUCAUCAACAACGUGACUCGUGCUGAUGUUGAGGUUCAGCCAUACGCUUUCACCACUAAAGCUCUAUAUGUUGGACAUCUGGACUAUCGUUUCCUUAGAUGGCAGGUUAUUGAUACUCCUGGAAUCUUGGAUCAACCACUCGAGGAUCGUAACACAAUUGAAAUGCAAGCCGUGACUGCUCUUGCUCACUUAAAAGCUUCCGUUCUCUUCAUGAUGGACGUAUCUGAGCAAUGCGAUCGCACUAUUGAAGAACAGCUUCAUCUCUUCGAAUCUAUCCGUCCACUCUUCGCCAACAAGCCAGUUCUCAUUGGUUUGAAUAAGGUUGAUAUCAGACAUCGUGCUGAUUUGCCAGCUGAUAAGGCCGCCUUGCUGGAUCAACUCGAGAAGGAGGGAAUUCCAAUUGUCGAGACUUCUACUUUGACUCAGGAAGGAAUCAUGUCAUUGAGAGAUCGGGCUUGUGACGAGCUGCUCGCUCAGCGUGUCGAGGCUAAGAUUCAAGCCAAGAAGAUCUCUAAUGUCGAAGAUUCAGUGUUGAAUCGCGUAUUCGUUGCCUAUCCAGCUCCACGCGACGAGAAGGUUCGUGCUGCAUUCGUACCACCAGGCCUUGCAGCUAAGCGUGCCGCUAAGAAACUUGCUGCUGAAAACUCUAUGGAAGUUGAUGAAGUCACUACUACUAAAGCAGGAAGCAUCGGGGAGUUCAGAGAUGAGAACACUCGCCGACUGGAACGUGAAAUUGAAUUGGCUAUGGAAGAUGAUUACAUUCUCGAUCUCAAGAAGCAAUAUUUGCUUAAGAAUCCAGAUGAGAAGUAUGAUAUCGUUCCAGAAAUUUGGGAGGGACACAAUCUUGCCGACUUCGUCGAUCCAGAGAUCCAAUCAAAACUCGAGAGUCUUCUUAAAGAGGAGGAGCUUCUUGAACAAGCCGGAGAAUACGAAUCAGAUUUGGAUAGUGAUGAUGAAGAAACUAAAGAGAAGAUGUCACUGGCACUACAGAUCAGAGAGAAGGAGAAGCUGCUCACAUUGGAACACGCUGUAAACAAAAGAAUCGCCGGACGAGUGGGAUCCCGUGUGCACACCAGAAAAAGGGAAAGAUCUAUGUCACGAUUGGAACAAGAAUUGGGCGAUUUGGGAGUCGAUAUUGACACCAAAAAGAUGAAGAACUUGCAAGGACAAUGUGCUAAGCCACAACUCGGAAAGAAGAUGAAAGUCGGACGCUCUCGCAGUCUCAGCGCCGUCCGUCCAGCCCCACGUGACGAGAUCGCCUUCCCAGAUGAGGAGAAACGUGCUCAUGUCAACAAGCUCCGUACAAAAGCCAUGCGUGGACUUCGCCGAGAAGCCAAGAAGGGAGAAGCCGAUCGACAUGUUUACGACCUCAAACCAAAGCAUUUGUUCUGUGGAAAGCGAGGAAACGGAAAAACCGAUUGGCGUUAA